CCAUUAAAAGAGCUGCAUUGGCAACGAAACAACCCAAUGUGGUAGAUUGUAAGGAAAUAAAGCAUAUCAGCUUCCAACUUUGGUGCAGUUCUCGGUUCUAAGCAAAGGUGAUUGACAUUGUCACUGAAGAAACGACUGAUGUCGGCUUACAAUCUGGAGUCCAUCAAGGCUGUUGCAUGGGGUAUCACUCAUGAAGAUGAUGCUUUGAGAAAGUAUGAAAAGGACUUUGAUGCAGCUGUAGAGCAGUCAGAUCUUAAACAAGAUACCCUGUGCCUGAAAACCAGUCACCCAUACUAUCAUCAAAUUCAAGGCCAGCUACACAUAUGUGACAAAACAUCCUGCGACUUAAUUGUGUGGACAAGAGUAGACUGCAUUGUGAUUAGAAUAGUAAAAGACAUUGAAUGGACAGCAAAUGUUUCAAAGCUGAUAGAUUUCUACAUUAACAUUUUCAUUCCAGCACUGAUGGAAAACUGAGUUCUGGUUUGAACUUCUUGACACUUAGUUUUGUACCUUUAGAAUUUUCUAACAAUGGAAAAUGGGUAAUCAUGUUAAAUGUGUUGAAUGUUCCAUCAUAAAAUUUCUGGGUUACAAGACUAUUUUAAAUAGCAAUGAUGAUUAAUAAAAUCUAUGUACUACAUAAAAAAGAAUAUCAAAAUUUAGAAUCAUUUUAUUAAUGAAUUGAAGAUGUUAUUCUCAA